UUUGGCAUAUAAACGCAAAAUGAGCAGCGGUCCCAUGCAGCCAGCAGAGCAUUGUGCGACCCUGAGGAAUUCAGCAGGUACCUAUAGACAUUUCUGAGCUCUCUGUCUUUCAGCGUGGAUGUACAGCCUGAAAGAGACCUGUCUUCCCUGCACUCAUUUUGUGUGAUGGAUGGUAUUGAAAUCUCCUUGGAUUGGAAAAUUGUCAUCCCGCAGUAAUCUCGCGUUUUGGCAUCUGGAAUAUUGCACCUGGAGGAUAUUUCUGAUCAGUAAAGGCAACAAAGCAGCAGUAUUUCCCCCAACAUGAAGCAGCCUCUUCAGUUUCUGGGCUGGUUUAGAGCAGUGAGCUUGUUCCUGUGUUUGACCCAGACCGUUGUCUCCAUGGUCCUCACCAACUCCACACGACUCGAGUCCAUCCUGGACAAGUACAGGGACCGGGAUGAGGAGUGGUGGAAGACUAGGGCGAGAGGGAAGAGGGCCAUCAGUGAGGGAGACAUGCACCUCAUCCUGGACCUGCACAACAAGCUGCGCGGUCAGGUUCACCCUCCAGCCUCCAACAUGGAGUACAUGGUAUGGGAUUACGAGUUAGAGAGGAGCGCAGAGCACUGGGCACAUACCUGUCGAUGGGAACAUGGACCGAGCCACAUGUUGACACAAAUAGGCCAAAACCUUGGGGCGCACUGGGGCAGGGACCGCCCGCCCACCUACCAUGUCCAGGCCUGGUAUGAUGAGGUGAGGUACUACAGCUAUCCCUACUCUCAGGAGUGCAACCCACACUGCCCAUUCAGAUGUUCAGGACCUGUUUGCACUCACUACACUCAGUUGGUGUGGGCCACAAGCAAUCGUAUUGGCUGUGCCAUCAAUGUGUGUUACAACAUGAACGUGUGGGGAAUGAUCUGGGCUAAAGCUGUUUAUCUGGUCUGCAACUACUCUCCACCGGGCAACUGGUGGGGUCAUGCUCCAUACAAAUAUGGAGCGCCAUGCUCUGCAUGUCCAGCCAGCUAUGCUGGAGGCUGCAGGGACAAUCUCUGCUACAAAGAAGGGGGUGUUGAGAGGCGUCCAGCUCCUGAGAUCGAGGAGACCAACUACAUUGAACCUGAGCCGGAUCCAGUGAGAGACAGGGAGCCCCAACCCAGGGCCCAGACACCAAACCCCUCACCUAAUGACAACCUAGAGAAAAACCAGGUUGUCAACACAGAGCAGAUGUCUCAACAGGUCGACUGUCAGACUAAGCUGAGAGAUCAGUGCAAGGGAACAACUUGUAACAGAUAUGAGUGUCCACCUGGCUGCCUUGACAAGGCUGGAAAAGUAGUGGGGACUGGAUAUUAUGACAUGCAAUCCAGUGUGUGUGGAGCUGCGUUACACUCUGGUGUUAUAGACAAUGACGGAGGAUGGCUGGAUGUGACCAGACUGGGCAGAAAACAGCAAUUCACCAAAUCAUACAAGAAUGGUAUUCAAUCAGUUGGGAAAAACAGAAGUGCAAAUUCCUUCAAAGUAGAGUCGGUGCCUGUGAAAGCAGUAACAUGUGACACCACUGUGGCACUUUUCUGCCCUUUCAAGAAACCAGUACGACACUGUCCCAGGUUGUAUUGUCCCAGGAACUGUAUGCGUGACAGUCGAGCCAAAGUCAUUGGGACAAAAUACUACUCAGAUAAAUCCAGCAUCUGCAGAGCAGCCAUUCAUGCUGGAGUAAUCCAGAAUGAGUCUGGAGGUUACCUUGAUGUGAUGCCUGUGGACAAAAGGAGGCAGUACAGUGGCAGUUACCAGAAUGGCAUCACCUCAGAGAGCUUACUGAACCCGACGGGAGGGAAAGCCUUCAGAGUGUUUGCAGUCAUCUGAAAAACCACUCUCAAAGGACAGAGUACCGUCAAACAUGGCCACUUCACAUCCAGCAAACCCACUCAUUAUCAUCUCACAACCUGUAAUUACAGUCAUUCUUACAGUAAAUAAUUUAGCUUUUCAGCCUCUGACCCUAAAAGUGUAACCCAACUUUACUCAAGGCUUCCCUUUUAGGUUUGAAUCAGAGUGAAUGAGUUUCCAAUAAUAGCUUAGCAAAAGAUGUUUGGCGAAUGAUGAUCUUGGAUGUUUUCUGCCUUACAUCUUUUUUAAAUUUCUAGAGCUAACCGUAAUAAUCACAUUGGGCUGCCAUGCAUCUUUUGCUGCCAUGAUAUCAUGACAUCAUGUUUUUGAACACUUAUACACAACCAGAUUUAGCACCACUCCAACUGCUUCCCAUUAUUUAAGAAUGUGAAGGUAAAAAUAUAAUGUCACAGGUUUUUUUUAUCUGCUAAACGUAGAGAUAUACGAGGUAAAUUACAGGGCAACGUAGAUGGGUGCAGAUCCCAGCAACUGGCACCAAAUUGAGACACGCGUCAUACCCAUGCCCAUCACACUUGCCCAAAAUACUGUAGUAUAUUUCUAUGGAGGACCACACCAGACAUAUAGGGAAAAUAUAAGAAUGAAUGACUGGAUAAAAUUAAUAAGUAAAUUACAUAUAAAUUAAUAAAAUAAGAUGAACAAUUGAAUCUAUAAAAAUGAAAAAAAUUAAUCCCAUCAAUGUAUGUUGACUUUCACCUCAGUAUUUAUCAGCAGGGUCUUUUUUUGUGCAGGAAGGAUUGUUUUUCUGUCAGCAGAAUCUAUUUUAAUUUAUGGCACUCCCAUGACACUUGAUUUAUUUUACCUUCAAUAUGCACAUGAAAGUAUGGCCUAAUUUAUUUCCCUUUAAAGUACAAUCUAAGGAAGUUUCAAGCCAUCCAAUAUUACUGAUUGGUGAUAUAUGUCAUUUUAUUGUAUUCUAUUUAUUGUACUAAUCACACCAUAGAAAUGCUAGAUUGGGCAGUUUUCCACUUACUGGGCUGCUCUUGAUUGUGGAAAAACAUGUUUUAUUAUUGUGUCGUUAUUGUUGCUGAAUCAUUAAUUUAAUUAAAAUACAGCAUAACAACAAUAAUACAAGUGCAAUAACAAGAAAGCACCACUGCGAUUAAUAUUUGUUGGCAUAAGUUGUAUUCUACCAUAGUGUAGAAAAGAUGUAUGCCCAACCCUGUUGCCAGACAGAAUAUUGCUUCUGGAUUAUUCUCCAAAAGCCUUGAUUAUGUUCCCUGACAACAUGGAACAUGAGUUCAAUGCCAAUGCAACUAAGAGAUUUGGUUAAGUUCAGGGAAAGAUGAAGCUAAGUUAACUAAUUAAGCUAGCUUUAACUCCAUAAAUUGGUUGAAGAUUCUGUAUUCGCCUGACUUUUUAAUAUUUCCAGCUGACUCAUUUUAAAUGCUCUUUUAAUAUACACUUGCGACGUUCAUAUGUGCUACAUACAGCACAUAAUGUUGUGCUUUAAGACUGAGGUUAGCUGCAUGUGCCAGGUAAGACAUCAACAUUCUCACCAGUUGAUGAUCCAUGAGAAAAGAAACAAAGAAACACCUUUGUUUUUGUACUGCAGUGUAGAGCUACGUAGUCCUAAUAUUACAAGUAUGAUAAGGACAAAUGUAAGAUCUGUUUGGUUGCUUAGCUUACAUAAUGAAGACACACCUGAGCUGUCUGGCAGGAGUAGUAAUGUGUCUGGAGUAACCCACAUGGGCUUGCUUUACUUCCGCAAUUUGAAGAUAAAACUGACUACAUCAUGGUUUUGUUUAAGUGCUAAAUAUAAAACAGAUAAGGUCAUGCUUAUGAGAAGGACAUUUAAUUUCCUAAUAUGUCUGGUUAGGGCCUCCAUAUAUUGUACGUCUGGUCAGAGUGGUAAUAUACUGUACAAUAUAGCUACAAUCCAGGCAGUGAAAAUAUAGAUUGUAUAUUUUUGUACAUAUUACAUAAUAAUGUUGUAAAUAAUACUGAACACUCUAUGCUAUCAAAUGCUGAAUUGCUAUUGCUGCAAUUUUCAUUUUCAUUUCUAACACAUUGCCAGCCGACAAGCAAUAAAUAGUAGAUGGAUAAAACAGGCUCUGCAUGCAAGGUAUAUACUGUACUGUAUUUGUCACCCAAGCUGUUAUUUUUAUAAAGGACUAAUUCUACCAUAAUUUCAAUAUAUUCAUAUGUUUGUAAAUAUUGUUCAUGUAACAUAUUGUUGUAUUUUAUGCUGCAUUUCCCAACUUUUGUUUUAUAGAUUUAUAUAAAUGAACCCUGGCUGGCCAGGUAUA